AUGGCUCCCACCGGCCCCCUCACGACACCGCUGACCCAGGUACUGGGCAUCCAGCAUCCCAUCAUGCUCGCCGGCAUGGCACAUGUUGCCAAUGCGCCGCUAGCCGCCGCCGUAUCCAACGCCGGAGGCAUCGGUGUUGUCGGUGGCAUCAUGUACUCGCCUGCGCAGCUCCGCGAGAUCAUUGCCGAGCUCAAGUCGCUACUCAAGCACCCCGAUCUUCCCUGGGGCCUCGAUCUAGCCCUGCCCAAGGUCGGCGGCGGCGCACGCAAGACCAACCACGACUACACCAACGGCAAGCUCGACCAGCUGAUUGACCUUGCCAUCGAGUUCAAGACGCACAUCUUCGUCUCGGCCGUCGGCACGCCGCCCAAGUGGGUUAUCGACAAGCUGCACAAGCACAACAUCCUCGUCAUGAACAUGGUCGGGCACCCGAAGCACGCCAAAAAGGCCCUCGAUAUGGGCAUCGACAUGGUCUGCGCCCAGGGCAGCGAGGGCGGCGGCCACACGGGCAACGUCGCCACGUCCAUCUUGAUCCCGGCCGUCGUCGACAUUGCGAAGAACUACAAGCCGCCCAUGCUCAAGGGCCACAGCGCUAUCGUUGUUGCCGCCGGUGGCAUUUCGAAUGGUCGCGGUUUGGCAGCAUCGCUGAUGCAGGGCGCCGCGGGCGUCUGGGUCGGCACGCGGUUCGUCGCCUCGGCCGAGGGCGGCACCUCGGACCAGCAUAAGGAGGGCGUUGUGACUUGCGACUAUGACCAGACGGAGAAGACGCUGGUUAUUAGCGGACGCCCUCUACGCCUGAAGGUGAACGAGUACAUUCAAAAGUGGCACGACCAGCCACAGAGGAUCAAGGAGCUCUGCGACAAGGGCAUCGUUCCGCUCGAGCACGAUCUUGACACUGGCGAGGACUUUGACUUUCCUCACAUCAUGGGCCAGGUUGCCGGCUCCAUUACAAAAAUCCAGCCUGCUGCUGAAAUUGUAGCUGAGAUGGUGGAGGAGGCGACACAGCAGCUCAAGCUUGCCACCACCAUCCUCUCCCCGUCAAGCAAGCUAUAA